AUGUCAAUGGCGGCUCAUGAAGAUGAUGGCUUUGGACCUUUUAUUUAUCGUAAUGAUGGGGAUGUUGAAGAACCAGAUCAUGCGUCUAAUAAAGGGGAUGCAGUCUCUGUUGUGUCUUAUUCUAAUUUGCAUAUUGAUAUUCAUGUGGGUGAUGAUGAAACUUCUAAAUGGCGUUUUACAGGCUUCUAUGGCCGACCUGAAGUGUCUCAACGCCAUGAGUCUUGGGCCGUUAAGAUUAUUGGCCUCUCAAUCUCCACUUCCAUGGCUUUGUGCUGGAGGGAGGCUAUUGAUGAGUCUAAUUUCCAAGAACUUCCAACAAAAGGGCUUGUUUUUACUUGGUCUCGACGUUUUGAGGAGGGAAUGAUUUUUGAGAAAUUAGACCGUUGUUUUGCAAAUGCUGCUUGGAUGGGUCAGUUUUUGUACUCUUUUGCACAUGAUUUAAUUCACUCCAAGUCUGAUCAUUUACCUAUAUUGGUUACGGUUUUGGACAAAGCACCGAUGGAUUUUAUUCUAAAAAAUCAGUUUCGGUUUGAAAAUAUGUGGCUAAAGCAUGAAGGCUUGGAAGAUGUCAUUAAGGACAGUGGGGAUGAUGAUCCAAAUGUUGAUGUUAUGCAGGCAAUUGAGUCUUGUAGUCGAGCUUUACAAGCUUGGGUAGAAGGAAUUUUGGCAAUGAUCCAUGUGGUUACUGGAUUAUUAGACAAGAGGAUUUCUUCGGAUAUUAGCACCAUGUUGGAUAAACAAUUUACACAAGAAGAAAUCAAGCGAGCAGUUUUUGACAUGGAUCUGAAUAAAGCAUCGAGUCCGGAUGUAUCAAAGGCUUUAGCGAAUAGAUUGAAGGAGUUUUUGCCCCAAAUUAUUGGGUCCGCCCAGAGUGCUUUUGUACCUAGGAGAAUGAUUUUUGAUAGUACUAUGAUUGCUUAUGAGACGGUGCAUUUUUUGAAGAACAAACGCAUUGGGAAUAAGGGGUAUAUGGCUUUGAAAUUGGAUCUUAGUAAGGAUUAUGACCGAGUAGAGUGGGAUUUUUUGGAGAGUAUGAUGCGGCAAAUUGGUUUUUCAAACAGAUGGAUUUCAUUGGCUAUGACUUGUGUUAAGACAGUCUCUUAUUCGUUUAUGAUGAAUGGUGAUCAAACGGAGGGCGGAGAAGGGCGAAGCAGGAUUGGGCAUGGUGAUAAGGGACAAGCAAGGCUUGGUAGUGGCUUCUACACCAUUGCCAGGACUGAUAAUGUCCCGAACCCUGUGUUUGGAGAGUCAUGUGGCUAUUCCAGCCCAGUUGAAGCUAUAGAUGCUGCUAGCACUAGUUCUAGUUCUGUGGGUAUUGGUUCUAGCAAGUUUUUCCGAAGCUCUGUAGAAAAGGAAGAAUCCAUUGAACUUGAUUGGUGCUCAUUUUGGGUGCAAAUUCAUGGUCUUCCAUUGGCUUGUAUGAAUGAAAGUACUGGAAUUUCCAUUGGGAAGAAUAUUGAAAUUGUUGAAGAAGUUGAUAAGUGUGGAGAAAAAAUAGCAUGGGGAAAAUGCCUAAGAGUUCGAAUCAACAUGAAUGUUCUUAGACCCUUGAAGAUAGGCACUCGUGUUAACCUUUCAAUUGUGGGUGUUACUAUGAUCCCUUUUCGUUAUGAACGCCUUCCUGAUUUCUGCUAUGUAUGUGGAUGUCUUGAUCAUGUGGAAUCAAAUUGUGGAAAAGCCUACACUAUGAAAAGAACUACUGAGAAGAUAGUUAGAGGAUACGGUCCUUGGUUGAGGGCUGAAACACCCUUAUCAAAUGUAUCAUCAUUUGAUACUCCAGCUAAUCCAAUCAUACCCGAUAGAAGUUCUCCUACCAACAAUUCAAUCCAUAUUGCUCUUGCAAAUCCAGUGGCCUUAGAAGGAAAUUCCCUGAUGAAAAAUACAAUUACAAAUAAGCAGAUCGGAGAAGGAAGUAGGACAGUGCUUACAGAUUUCGUGGUGGCAGUUUCCGACUUGGAGAAAGAUGAUGACAUGGCAAAGGUAGUUAACAAUUCUGUAACUGCUAAAUCCUUGCACCAACCAAAUGCUGAAAUUAUGGAGACAGUUACUAUGAUCUCAAAUGACCUGGCAGGAAAACAGUUAUUUACAGAUGCUACUUGUGUGGAAAAUGUGAAAACUGAAACCAAGAAAAAUAAGGGAGAGAUGGAAUGGCUCAGAGCUAAGAUUGGUUUUAAUAACUGCUUUACUGUGGAUAGUGUGGGAAGAUCUGGUGGAUUGGCUUUACUUUGGUGCUCUGAGAUUCAGCUCCAAGAAAUUCCAACUCAAGGACCUCGUAUGACUUGGAGUGGAGUUACAUCACAAGGUCGAGUCUAUGAACGCCUGGAUAGAUGUUUGGCCUCUACAGAUUGCGUUGACAGAUUUGGAUUCACCUUUGAAGAGCAUGAAUUAACCUUAGUUUCAGAUCAUCUGCCUUUGAUUCUUCAUAUCUUGGAUAAGCCAGAGCUUCCGAUUCAAAUUGGUAGACAGUUUCGAUUUGAGAAUAUAUGGGCAGAGCAUGAAGAUUCAGCAGCAAUUGUUAAUGAAGGAUGGACAGAUUCGGCUUGUGAGGGUGUUCCCGACCAAUUAUAUAAGUGUGGAAACCUACUGCAGCGUUGGAACCAAGAUGUUUUUGGCAAUAGAUCGAAAUCUCUUUGGCUUCGAGAUGGAGAUCGCAAUACCAAAUACUUCCAUGCUGUUGCAAAUCAAAGAAAGAGGAGAAAUUUUAUAACCAGCGUUACUGAUGAUGCUGGAGAAGUACAUUGUGAUCAGGAUUCUAUAACAAGGAUUAUUAUGGAUUAUUAUCAAUCCAUUUUUUCCUCUGAUAAUCCUAAUAGAAAUGAUAUUCUUAAAGUCACUUCUCUUAUUGGUCAGAGAGUUUCACCUAAGAUGAGUGAUUUACUUGAUAAGGAGUUUACAUCAAAGGAUAUUAAAGAAGCUAUUUUCCAAAUGAACCCAUGUAAAGCACCGGGUCCAGAUGGAAUGAAUCCUUGUUUUUUCCAAACUUAUUGGCAUAUCGUGGGAAGAGAUAUAGUGAAGAUGGCGUUGGGUUUUUUGAAUGAUGGUGAUCCGCUUCCAGCAAUCAAUCAUACCAACAUUGUUUUGAUUCCAAAACUAGCCAACCCUUCAUCUGUUCGAGAUUACAGACCUAUUAGUCUAUGUAAUGUGAUGAUGAAGAUUAUCACUAAAGCAUUGACAAAUAGAUUGAAGCUAAUUCUCCCAGAUAUUAUCAGUGAUACACAGAGUGCAUUUGUUCCUGAUAGGCAGAUCUUUGACAAUUCAAUUAUAUCCUUUGAAACGGUGCAUUAUAUGUCAAACAAGAGAGGGGGUCAGGUGAGUCAUAUGGCUUUGAAACUUGACAUAAGCAAAGCAUAUGAUCGUGUAGAAUGGUCCUAUUUAGAAGAGGUGAUGCGGGUGAUGGGUUUUUCUGAACGUUGGAUAUCCCGAGUUAUGGCGUGUGUGCAUAGUGUUUCAUACUCAGUGAGUAUAAAUGGCAAACAAAGUGGAAGGAUUAAUCCGACCAGGGGGAUUCGGCAAGGAGAUCCAUUAAGUCCAUAUCUCUUCUUGUUAUGUAUGGAAGGACUGACAAGCUUGCUAAGAGAAUCAGAGAGUAAUGGCACAAUCCGAGGAGUUGCAGUAGCUAGACAUGCUCCAAGAAUUUCUCAUUUAUUUUUUGCAGUUGAUAACAUAUUAUUCUUGAGAACAAGAGUAUCAGAUUGUGAGGCUGUAUUGCAUCAAUUGAACAGAUUUGAAAUGGCUUCAGGCCAACAAAUCAACGUAGCAAAAUCAUCAAUAUUAUUCAGUAGCAACACUCCAUCAGAUUUGAAGAGCUCUAUUAUGUCUUUCUUGGGGGUUACAAUUGGUAGGAAUCCAUCAUUUUUGUGGCGUAGCUUACUUGCUGGACGAGCAGUCAUCAAAGAGGGGUCUAGAUGGCGAAUAGGCUUUGGAAAUUUAGUCUAUAUCUGGUCUGAUCCAUGGAUUAAUAAGCCUCCUUCUUUUCGUCCUUUGUCGUUGCCUGAGGUUACAAUGACAGAUAUGAGAGUUUCUGAAUUGAUAUCAGAGGAUGGCAGAUGGAAUGUGGAUAUAUUAGAUUUGUUAUUCCAACCUGAAGAUGUCAAUCAAAUUCUAAGCUUGCCUUUGUCGCAGACUUUUCACCAGAUCGUGGUGAAGAUGAUUCAAGAACAACCAUGUUUUCUUUCUCCAACUACAAGAGCUUAUCCUGUACAGACAAAUGAUAUUUGGCACCCUCCACCAGCGUCUGUAUAUAAGCUAAACACAGACACAACUUACAAUGUUGAUUCUCAUGAAGCAAAAUUGGGAGUUGUUUUACGAGAUUCAACUGGACAAAUUCGAUUUUCUGCUUGUAAGAGAAUUUCUUUUGUUGCUGAUGUGAUGCAAUCUGAGAUUCUAGCAAUACAUUAUGGUCUUCUGGUUGCACAAUUGAAUGGGAUUGAAAAGCUAGUGGUUAAGAGUGAUUGUCUUCAAGCUAUUCGAGAAAUUCCCAAGGGUUCUGCAUCGACAUGGGACUCUGCUUGCCUUAUUGAAGAAAUUCAGACCUUUGCUUCUUCCUUUUCCUUAUGUUCUUUCAAACAUGUUAAGCGUAAUGCUAAUGUACUUGCACAUAGUAUAGCACAACUAGAUGUUUCAUUAGGUGCUAACUAUGUUUGGUAUGGAGUUUUACCUCCAUACGUUGUCAAUCUUGAUUUAUAA